CCCUGGAUCAGCUGCACUACACUGAGGAAUAACAGCGGCGAGAAAAUGAUCUGUUUAAAUGUUUCUUAUUUCAGCUAGAAGACAUAUUCUAUUCUAUAUGAGGGCAUGUGGAUGAAUGAGUGGAAGCUGUACAACAUUUGUGGAAGAUGACGCAGAACAUGUUCCAGGAGGGGUUGUACCAGGUGUUUUUUAAGGAGACACCCUUAACCCACCCACCGACCCCGGCUACCAAUCACAUCGAGCUACUUAACGGCAGGAUUCAUCGCUGGUUUGGGACGGUGGUUAAUACCAGACUAUUAGUCACUGGGGUGGUGCAGAUCCUCAGUGCCUUAUCUUGCAUACUGGCCACAGUCACCCAUGCAUGUGUCAGCUACAACUGCUCUGUAUCCAUGACAACACCUGUGUGGUCAAGCCUGUUUUAUGUGGCUUCUGGGUGUCUGGCAAUGGAGGUUCAGAGGAAGGCUGAUAAAUUAAAGAUCAUCGCUCUGAUGGGUCUGAACCUCUUUAGUCUGGUGUUUGGCUUCUCUACUCUCCUCGCAUCCGGCCUCAGCUCCACACAGCAUGUCGCACUCAACUCCAACCAACAGCGCAUUGGUUCAUAUGUUGCAAAGGGAAGCUCCAUAGCGUUUGCUAUACAGUGUCUUUUGGCGUCAGUCUACAUCCUUUUCCUGUCGCUGAGAGGCCUGCGUCGCUACAGUCCCAAUAUUCAGGCCUACAGCCGCAUCUCACAGGAUCCAGAUGAAACCAAUGGGCCACUACUGGAAAAUGUGGAAUUCAGUCUGUGAAACUGAAAGACCUGAAACGAAACACUCCUGCCGCAAUGUUUUUGUAAACUCAGUUACUGUUGUUGAUCAGGGUCUGUAUGGCUGGUAUGAAUAGGUUGUGCAAUGUGAUUGUGUUGUGAGGAAAUUGUAUUAGAUAUUGUGAAAUCAUACCGUGUCACCUUACAGAGGCCUCAGUAUCACUUCUCCUUGGGAAUCCCACAAAAAUAAAUGAUUAACUUGUCAAUAGCAAAGAUUAAACCUACAAAAACAGAACAUGUUAACAAAUAAAGGGUGUAUAUAAAACACAGUAAUGAUGACAUUCAAUUAAAUAAAGUAGAUGCAUGUUUUUACAGCUGAGCUAUCAUAAUCUUACAUUGUCAAAACUGAUUAUCGUUUUUCACAGACAGUGCUCUGUGUUCAACACUAGAGGGCAGCAUUGCCUGAGAUUUGUCAUGUUGUGCAGUGUGUGAUUAACUUCCUCUGUUUAGUGUAACAAUAGAUGAGGAAACUUCGUAACAAGUAAGACUUGUCUGCUGCACAUGUUGAUAUAUUGGAGAGGAAACAAACGUUGCUGCAAUGAUUUAACUAUAAACUCUUCGACCACACUUGGUCUUUCUCAAGUGAAUUCACUGUUUUUGAUCUGAUGAUCAUUGAGA